CAGUUUCCUAUAUAGAGAUAAAAGCACAGUUUUGGUAUAGUUGGGUCUACAAUGUAGACUCUACAUAAACGAAAUGUAUCCGGAUUUAUGUCCCACCAAGAAAUGUUAGCUUGCCAGCAUUCCGAAAAACUAUUUUGGAAAUGAGUUCUUCCACUACUACAAUAACAGCACUUAUAAAUUAAAAGGUUAUUAUUUCUCGCGGUGUACACAGCUGAUAAUAGGUGAUUAAUCAGCAUUUAUCGAUACAUUUCUAUGAAUAUUUUGUUUACUAUUGGUAAGGGUUGAAGGGUUUCAAAUGUUUUGGAACUAAUUCCUUUAUUUCACAACUAUUAAAUGAACGCGCCGAAAUGAGCGAAGCAAAGGAAGAUGCAGGUGUUUUCUCAGUGCGCCUGGUCAUAGCGGAUUUCUACAUGGAAAAGCCAAUAUUCGGCUUCGAUCCAUGCUAUUCGGAGUUUCGCGGCAAGGAAAUUAAAAGGGUGCCAAUAAUUAGAAUUUUUGGUUCUAGCGCUGAUGGACGCAAAACGUGCAUGCAUGUCCACGGUGUUUUUCCAUAUUUCUAUAUACCUUACGAAGCAAAGGAGUUCGAAUCCUUGAAUAAAGCAAUUUACCAAAUUACGAGUAAUGUUGACAAAGCAAUUAAUAUUUCAUUGGGACAGGCGUGUUCUGGUGCGAUUCAUGUAUUCAAAGUGCAGCUGGUCAAGGGCAUUCCAUUCUAUGGAUACCAUCGCGGUGAACAUCAGUUUCUUAAAAUCUACAUGUUUAAUCCACGAUUUGUGAGACGUGCGGCAAAUUUGUUACAAAGUGGCGCGAUUAUGAAUACAAAUUUUCACCCUUAUGAAUCACAUGUACCCUAUAUUCUCCAGUUUAUGAUAGAUUAUAAUUUAUAUGGCAUGAGUUUUGUUCAUAUACCGCUUGAUGUAGUGAAAUUUCGCCAAGCCGGUGAUGAGCAUAACCUCAGAGAGUUCCACAUUCCUGCGCUGAAGCAAGCACAGUUUCUUAAUCCAACAGUGGCGAAAAAACAGUCAACUUGUGUAUUUGAAGUGGAUAUCGGGUCAAAUUUUAUACUAAACCGUUUUCAACUCGCGUUGCGCAGUAAUAACAGCAAAACACAUUCGAAUCCAGGUAUCGAAGCCAUUUGGAAUGAUGAACGUUUGCGUAGACAGAAGAUGGCUGAAAGAUCUGAUGUUGACAAGGUGCCUGAUCUGGAGUUGCCGCCCACUCAGGAGCGUUACAAUGUGCAACCAACAGAAAGCGAUAUUUUCCAUCGGACCGUCUUGCAAAGCAAAUUAAUGGCAUUAGAAUUGUCUGUAACGGGAAAUGUCAGUCAAGCUGAUCAAUCCACGAAUUUGACGUUACAAACAAGUAAUGCUAAUUUUAGUUUAGUAAUUUCUGGUGACAAAGAACAGAAACACACUUUCAAUCUUCGCAAAAUUAUUGGUAAUGCCAUCUAUCCAGAGGAAUGUACACCUGACGAAAAUUUAGUCGAUGCCUCCUUCAUUGAGAAUCACGUCUCGCAAAAUGGAUUUCUACUAAGUAGUUCAGUAAUACAAUCCACAGCAACACCGCCUAUUAACACGGAGACUGCUGAUCGUAGGGAUAACAUUUUUUUGGAUGACACUGUCGUUGAUGAAGAAUUAUUUUCGAAUUUCAAGGCCGACACGCCUAAACAAUCUGAUACUAGCCUGGGUGCAGAAGAUUUAGAAUUGCUGGAUAUUCUACAACAGCUGGAAGAGCAUGAGGAAGAUGAAAAUCAAAUCGAUUUAGACAGCACGCUUGCGCCACUAACACAAACGCACAAAAAAUUUGAUCCUUCGCCAGAAUUGCUGGACAAGCAAGUAAUAGCGGCAGCUAUGAGUCAACCAUUGCCUGAAUGCGACACCGAUUCCGAUACCAGUGAAAAUGGCAAUCUUCAUGAUUACUCCAUAAUUUUAGAGGAUAUGGAUGAAUUGAUCUUAAAAUUUACCCCCAGUCAACCAACCGAAGAAACUGAUAAUCAAACAAGUCUGCCACAAAUGGAUGGUUCAGACGAUUUAUUGCCCAAGACACCAGUUAAAGGCGCAAGUAGUGCGAAAACAGGCAACAACCGAAAUGUAUUAACUUCACCACGAACGCCAAGGAUCACUAACGGACCACAUUUGUCACCGAAACGAUCACCAAGAACCCCAAAGUCUAGUGCGAGUAAAAAGUAUGCGCCAUUACCGUUAACAAUCACUUGUAAGAAACAAGAAAGAAAUGUCGCAAAAGAAGUUCAAACAACUCCAGCCCGACAUACAGUUUUAAGAAAUUUAGAUCUCGGCUCUUGUGAUACUAAGAGCACCAAAAUGACCUUAAGCAAAAAACUGGCUUUAACUGCUUUGCGGCGAAAAAGUGUGGACUGGAGUCCAAGCUCAAUGCAGGAACAUAUUACAGCAAGCAAAGAGCCAAGUGAUGAGAGAAGCGUAAAACGUACACCAAUUCGCCGCUCUCGAAGAACUAUGGACUUGGACAGAACACACAUUACAUGCGAGCUAACGCCACGUAGAAAAAGUGAGCGAAUUUUAAAAGUAUACAGCAUUGAAGAAGAAGAGAAACUGGUAAACGCGCCGGAAGGAACUCGGAAAUAUCGGUCUGUUGUAUCUCCAUUGAAAGUACAGAAGCAAAAUAAAACCAAAGAGACAUUAUCAGAUGCAAGUAAAAAAAGAUGUCGGAACAAGUUGUCGAAAUUUGCCCAAACAAAAAACCAAACGGAAGAGGUUUCGAGUAAAGAACAACAAAAGAAAAGCCCGGUACCACGUCAGCAUCAGACACGAAAGUGUGUAGUGAGAAUUAGUAAAAGUCUAAAACAAAAAGCUUUAGAUAAUUCGAGUACUAAUACUCCUGAACCAUCAAAUGUGAUAACCCAUAAUAAUAAUAAUGAAAUCGCCGAUGAUCGACAGCUGGAUUUAAGCAAGAGCACAAUUUAUACGAGCCCUCAACUUGAUUUGAGCGAAGAUAAAGAAAAGCGUCUACCAAAUAAUAUAAGUCCGCAACUCAACGCAAGUGAUAGCGAUGAGAUUGCAGCUUCAGACACGGAAGACGCGCCCACACCUAUUAGCGCUAAACGUUUACGACGCAGCUUUCACCUGAUACAACAUAGAAGGAUGCAGAAAAAUGAUGUUUCGAAUAAAUACAUACACGAGACCACAAAAAGUGCCGAUCACACCACGAAAUCGUCGAUCUCAUCAACAGAAGCGUUUAAAAUAGAUACUGAUGAUGGUGUGGAUAUAGAAGAUCCGCAUAUUCAAAGUUUCUAUGAUAUAUCAUUUACCGACGAUCUUAGUAGUCCACCAAAUUUCAAAGAGAUUUCAAGUCCAACUAAAGUGAAUCUAGUAAAAGAUGCCUCUUCUAUUCCACUAAUUAGUUAUGAGUCUAAUAAUUCAAUUCAAUGCUGCCAACUACUUGAAAAAGUUCAAAACACAACCUCAAAGUCGAACUCAAGCACAAUUUUGAUUAAUAUCGAGCCUCUCUUAACAGAAUCUGCAUCGAAUUCUGCAAAGCAAUUAGUGCAGUUAACACCACUUAAUUUGCCGCCAAGUUAUGAAGAGGUAUUGACGAGCUGUGUGAAGCUUGACAUACCUGAAUAUGAAUUUCAAAAGCCCUUCUAUGGCAAUCCCGAUGACAUAACGCGACUGAAGGAAGUCGGGCACAUCGCGUUGCAUAUUCCAGGAAACACGCUAAACGACUGCGAAGAAUUCAAAAGUGUUCUUGGUGAUGAGCUAAAGGGUCUUACCGAGUGGCGUCGUCAGCAAAUGCUUGCUAUUAGUGGUCCUUCAGCACUCACCACACACUGCUCUCACCGAAAUACUCAACGAAUACGUGAAUACUUUGCCGAAGCGAAGCGUGUAACGAUCACACCUCAAAUAUGCCCGCCCACACGUAAAGAAGCUAAAUUGUGGUUAAAAGCGCGCGAUAUGUUGGCCAAAAGCGAAACAUGUGCUCAAAAUAAAGUAACAUUGGACGAAAGUCCCAUAAAAGUGCGACGUCAAAAGACCACAAUGAUAUUAAACGAUGGUGGCGGAGGCUGUUAUAACGAUGAGGACGUGCUAAACAAUACAAAUUGCAUCACAUUAACACCGCCAACGCCGUUAGCGAAUACGCAAAGAUCCUCAAAUGCAGCAAACACGACUGAAGAAGCGACAGCUAAGCCAAAUGCGAAUGUGAAAUUGAAAUUGCGCACGAAGCGCGCAAAGCUUUCUUUGAAUAAGAAGCUAAUAGCCUGUGCUAGUCCAGAAAUGAGUGUGCUCUCGGCAAGUGACAGUUUGCAGUUAUCACAAAUUGCGCAAAGCACCGAAACUUUGAGCAGCGAGCAAGUUGUGGCCUCCAACGACACCACCAUAUCCAAUGAAACCGUUUUAAAUGCACUGAAACGAAAUUCAUUUCUUAAAGAUUUGCAAUCAAAAGCCGCACCAUCGCCACAUGAGCUCAGUUUUGGUUUGAGUAGCGCUUCGUUGGACAACACCUUUGGUUUCAAAGUGAAUUUGGAAAAUUUGCAGCAAGCCAAAUCGGAUGUGGAGUGCAAUUAUUUAACAACUAUAAUACUGGAGUUAUUCGUGCCGACGCGUGGUAAUUUGCUUCCCGAUCCUGUACACGAUGAAGUGCGUUGUCUCUUUUACGCCAUUGAGCAUCGUUCGCCAGCAACGCAAACCAAAGGCGCCACACUCCUACCGCAAAAUGAUUGUGGCUGCAUCAUUGUUAAGGAUAUCGAAAGCGAAAAUGCUGGGCAAGACCAUCACAUGUACGGCACGGGCGGCAAUAAUGAUGUAACGAUGCGUUUCGUGAAUACCGAAAUCGAGGCAUUCGAAGCGCUUGUAGAGUUGAGUAUGCGCUGGGAUCCGGAUAUCUAUGGCGGUUACGAAAUCGAGACGGCAUCUUGGGGUUAUGUUUUGGAACGUGGCAAGCAUCUCGGUUUCAAUAUAGCGCCCCUGCUAUCACGCGUGCCGACACAGAAAGUACGCGAAUUUGUGGACGAAGAUCGUGAGCAUUUUACCGAUUUGGAUAUCGAGUUGAAAUUGUGCGGUCGCAUACUCUUGGAUGUGUGGCGUUUAAUGCGUUCGGAAAUCGCGCUCACCUCAUACACUUUCGAAAAUGUCAUGUAUCAUAUUUUGCAUAAACGCUGUCCGUCGCAUAAUCAUCGUGCCCUCACCGAAUGGUUUGAGGUGCCCUAUACACGUUGGAUAGUCAUUGAAUAUUAUGUGGAACGUGUUCGUGGUACCUUGGCGCUGUUGGAUCAACUGGAUCUGAUUGGCCGCACCAGUGAAAUGGCAAAACUAAUUGGCAUACAAUUUUAUGAAGUCCUGUCACGUGGCUCACAAUUUCGUGUGGAAAGUAUGAUGCUGAGGCGAUGGAUACAAACCGAUCCACGUCGUAUACCGCGUUGUGGUGAGCGCGUUCCAUUCAUUAUUGUUAAUGGACCACCCGGUGUACCGCUAAUCCGGCUCGUACGUAGUCCACAUGAAGUUCUGGCUGAUGAAGGCUUGAAAAUCAACGCGAUCUAUUAUAUCACCAAAGCAAUUAUACCACCACUUAAUCGCUGCUUGCUACUCAUCGGCGCUGAUGUGAAUGAAUGGUUCGCCAGCUUACCACGCAAAUUACUUAUCGUACCACCAACUUGCACAGCCAACAAGCUGGCUUUCAAUGUGGAGCAGGCAAGUCAUGCGAAGAAGAUCACAAUUUCACAAUAUUUCUCCGCCACAAAUUGCAUUGCCAGCUGUGGACGCCAGACAAAGCAGGGCAUUUGCGAGGUGUGUGAACGGCAAACGCAACGCACCUUCGUCAUAUUGCACCAGAAAAUGGCUAAAAUUGAGCGAGGCUAUCAAUUGGUACAGCAGAUAUGUCAGGCAUGUUGUGGUCGCGUGGGGGAGAUCAAAUGCAGUUCUCUAGAUUGUCCAGUGUUGUAUGUGAAUGAGGUCAAACGUCGUGACUUGCAGCAAGUGGAACAUAUACGUAAACUGCUGGCAGAAAGAUUUUGAUUGUUUAUCGGCAGCGAUUGUAUCCGGUUAAGCACUUUAACUUCAGCAGCAUUCCCAAAAUUAUUUUCUGUUUUCUAUUACAAGAACACGAUUUUGCUUAAGAUAUAUAUUAGUGUUAAGUGUUAGGUAAUUUCAUGUUAUUGUAAGUAUUCAACUAUUUUAGCUAAAGUACCGUUUAAUAGUACAAUAUAUUUAAAUGCUGAACGGUUUUAUAACGGUUCCAAAUGCAAAUAACAUUUUUAAAUUAACCUAAAACGCCACCAAUUCGCAAGUCCUGAGUUCGAUUCCAAAAUAUUUUGUGGGGUCUCCGACGUUUCCUUCGAGGUGUAGCACACUUCGUGCCAAGCUUAAUAUUAUAUAUACUCCGUUAGGGCUAUAAAAAUAUUUGCUCUAAUAGUGAUGGUCACACAACCAGCUAUGCCGAACCUUCGGGUGUACUUAUGCCUUGAAGAAACUUCUAAUAAAUUUUAUAAACCAUUUGGGGGGUUGCUCCCUAAACACCUUACAUUUUACAUAAAAAAUGAAGGUAUUAACCUCAAAUUACAGAGUAAGCUAAAUAAAAUAUCUUGGAAAAUUUGUAUAUAUUACAUACGUAUAAACAUAGGUGGAAGAAUAGAAAAUUCAUGUUUCAAAAAAAUUUUUUAAAAAAAUGUGAGGUUAGGACUGUUCAAUGUUUGCUUAAUUUAAGAAAACUUUCAAAAUUAUUUCUAAUUCUCUACACACUUUGUAUUAGAGAUUAGAAACUCACAUAACGGUCGUUGUUGUUGUAUUAGUAUCACAUAUUAUUUAAAUAAUUUUGGGGAAAUGUCGCUGAGGUAACAUACCUGCAUCGCAACCUGUUUGGGGUUAUAAAAGCUUAACGUUUGUCGACUCUUAUGCCUAGCUAACGGUAUCAAUAUGCAAGUUCCACUGCCAGCAUAAGUAAUAGCGCUUCUUUAGUUAAUUUAAACAAUUUGAGUUUUAUAAUUUUAAAAUAUUUUAUUAACAUUUUUCAUUUCAUUAUAUAAUUAAAGUGCUCAGAAUGUAUUGAGUCCAUGUACGAGCAUAUGAGAACAUGCACUAAUUGUAUUAUAUUUAAAAAUUGUACAACUUGUAUAUGUAGAAAUGUAUGAAUGUAUGUAUGCGUUGAAUAUGAGAAUGAUCAUGUUAAAAUUGUUGCUGUUGUAGUUGUUUUUUUUUUGUUUUACAAAUUUCAAAAUUAAAAUUGUACAAAUAGUUGUUGUAUGUAUAAUAACAAUGACAUUUUUUUUACGCUAAAUUAAAUCAGUGAGUUUUUUCAUCUAUGUUUAUCAAACAAUUUUGCCACGCCUUAUGUAUAUUAAAGUGUGUGUGUAUAUGGUAACAAAUUUUUUCUUUAAGUAAUAUUUCACAAUUUCUCAUGCUACAAAAUGUAUCUAAUAUUCAUAUUUAAAAUGUUGAAUUAUUUUUUGUUCGUGUAUGUGUGUGUGUGUGUUUGUUUUUAGCAACUAUCAAUUUUAAGCAUACAAAAAUUACUCAAUGAUGUUUGACAAUUAAGGCAAAAGUAAAUUGUAAAUAUACAUAUGCAUAGACAUAGUUGCAACAAAUUUUAUAAAUAUAUAUGUAUGUAUGUGUAUAUAUGUAAGUAGCUAAGACAUAUGUCUAAAUAGAUCAUAUGCAUUGCUUACGGUAUACACACAA